UAUAUAAAGCAGCAGAGACGUGGACCAGCAGACAUUCGCCUUCUGAGGACUAUGCGAGCAGCCACCAUCUCCACACCAAGGCUAGACAAGAUGCCAGGCAUGUUCCUCUCUGCUAAUCCAAAGGAACUGAAAGCAACUGAUCAUUCACUUCUAGACGACAAAGUGCACAAAAGGAGGCCAAAGACUUUUGGAAUGGACGUGAAAGCAUACCUGAGAUCUAUGAUCCCACAUCUAGAAUCUGGAAUGAAACCUUCCAAGUCCAAGGACCUACUCUCUGCUGACGAAGUGAGGCAGUGGUCUGAAUCUCUGGAAAAACUUCUUGCCAACCAAACUGGUCAAGAUGUCUUUGGAAAUUUCCUAAAGUCUGAGUUCAGUGAGGAGAAUAUUGAGUUCUGGCUGGCUUGUGAAGACUAUAAAAAAACAGAGUCUGAUCUUUUGCAUUGCAAAGCGGAGAAAAUCUAUAAAGCAUUUGUGCAGUCAGAUGCUGCCAAACAAAUCAAUAUUGACUUUCGCACUCGAGAGUCUACAGCUAAGAAGAUUAAAGCACCAACACCCACGUGUUUUGAUGAAGCCCAAAAAAUAAUAUAUACUCUUAUGGAAAAGGACUCCUAUCCCAGGUUCCUCAAAUCAAAUAUAUACUUAAAUCUUCUGAAUGACCUUCAGGCUAAUGGUCUAAAGUGACUGGUUCCUGGCUGGAGGAAAUUCAAGAUGGUCUCAAGUACAAAAGGAAUGUACCAGGGUGGCUCCCUGGGGGAACACCUUGGCCUUUUUGGACGACUCACAGGCCCAGGGGAAGAACCCAUGACUCAGGACGGAAGUUAUCCAGGCUCAGGGCUGAAGAAGCGUGAGAUGAAACUUCAGCAAUGGUAGAAAGAAGGAGAUGGUGUGGUACUGUCAUAGAUACAGUGGACCCACAUAUUAGAACAUCCCUCAGAACUGAGAAGGCCAGGGGACGCUUGCUACACAGAAACUGUGAAUAAGGGUUUUGAAACUGAGGAAAACAUGCUAUAAGCUUCAAGGUUAACUGACACUUAUGCUGCAUAUUGUUAUACAGAGAUUGUAUUGAGCUGCUGAAAUCUCUUUUACUUGGAUGACUAUUUGAAAAGUAUGUGUUUCAAAAUCACCAUUGCUGUUAAAGUUUUUCAGUGUUGUUUUGUUUGUUUGAUUGUUUUGGGCUUGAAGGAGAUGAAGAAGAGAACAAUGUAUUUAACUUAAGCUAUUGCCUUAAAGUUGGGAAGUAAGAAUAUAUUUGUAAAUUAAAUUAUCAUAGUGUAAAUAAUAAACGUGAAUUUUGUAUUAAAAAUAUAAAA